AACAUUCUUAACGAUGUAACCGGUUAUGACUUAUGAAUGAAGUCAGGAGAGGUGGUUGGAUUUAUCGAUGAUUUGGAUGAAGGCCUUCCCUCUGGCGUUUUCUCCGACUAGAUUGCAUCACUUGAUCCGGCCAUCCGGGUAAUUGGACUGAUCCAUCUCUACAGUUUUUGUUUCGAUUUCCAUUUUCCUUUUGGGCAAGAGAUACGGAGUAUACGUUAAUACGUCAAAGUAUCAGCAGUUUUUCAUUCUUCCGUCAACUACUUUUAUUUUUCAGUACACGUGUGAGGAUGGUGUGCAAAAUCAGCACCAAAACUCUUAUUCUCUUGUAAGGAGAUCAGUCUAACAAAUCGAAUAAGAAUUUCAUCCUAUCAUUUAUUUCUCACAUAGAAGGUUCUUCUAAGAGAGCAUCCGGAUUCACACCAUUUUCACAUGGAGCACUCAAAAUCAAGCCAGAAUAAUUCUGCAGUCCAGUCACCCAAGAAUAUCUUCAUUCUAUCAGGCCAAAGCAACAUGGCUGGCCGUGGUGGAGUAGACAAGCACAAGCACUGGGAUGGAGUAGUUCCUUCUCAGUGUAGCCCUGACCCAUCCAAAAUCUUCCGUUUCAGUGCACAGCGUCACUGGGAGGUUGCUGCUGAGCCACUGCAUUACGACAUUGAUACCAAGAAGACCUGUGGUGUGGGACCAGGAAUGUCUUUUUCAAAUGCCAUGAAGGAGAGUGUAGGUGUUAUGGGCCUAGUGCCAUGUGCUGUAGGUGGAACUGCAUUAAAGGAGUGGGCACGAGGGGAACUUUUGUAUGAAAACAUGGUUAGUAGAGCAAAAGCUGCCAUUUGUGGAGAUGGCUGUGAGAUCAAGGGGUUAUUAUGGUAUCAAGGAGAGAGUGAUACAUUAUCGAAACAGGAUGCUGAGAGUUAUAAAUCUAAUAUGGAAACACUAAUACACAACUUCCGCUGCGAUAUGAAUUUGCCCUCUUUGCCAAUUGUUCAGGUUGCUAUUGCAUCAGGGGAUGAAAAGUACAUUGGAGAAGUAAGAAAAUCACAAAAGAUGAUUAACCUUCCAAAUGUGGUUUGUGUUGAUGCCUUAGGAUUGCAACUCAAGGAUGAUAAACUCCAUUUGACUACAGAAGCUCAGGUUCAACUUGGCAAAAUGUUGGCUGAAGCAUACCUUACCCAUUUUGCACAAAACAUUUCCUCUUCUGCUGAUCUUUGAGGCUUGGAGUGUCAUUAAAUUAAGAAUCACUACUUAAAACCAUCUCUCUGAAGAUUUAUUCUAAUAAUUAACCGAGCAUCAAGAAGCAUGUGUGAAGGGGCACACUAUUGUUCUCGAGCUUGCUUGGUUCGGGGAUUUUGGAGGGAAGGGAUGGGAGGGCAGAUUUUUAGUUUACUAUGCAUCUUUCUUUGUCGGUUUAAACAAAAAAUCACCUAAUGAUUAGUUAGAUCAUGUACUAGCUUUUACUCUUCAGUUUAUUUCCAGCCUAUUAAAUAGAAAUAAAUUGAAAUUUAUAACGAGGGUACCAAUUCAUGACAUAUACGGAGUAUUUUUAAUCUAUUUUUUUUUCUAGAG